AUGUCCAUUUCUGACCUGGCGCCAGAAACUCUUCAACUAAUCUUUGGAGAAACACUUUUUCAGUGCCCAGUGCCAUCUUUACGCCAAGCGCCACUACUUCUCGCGCAAAUUUGCCAUAUAUGGCGAGAAGUCACCAUCGACACACCAUCCUUAUGGGCGACAUGCUGCUUUGGCGCCCCGCCUGUGCGCUCCUCUGUGGGGCAGCGAAGACGAUCGGCAAGCUGGGGCAUCAAAAAUAUACAACUGCUCGAGCUCUGGCUCUCACGAGUCGGCAAGCAGACACUGCGAUAUGAAGUUUACAUCAGCCCACAUCGAGAAGAUGUAGCGCUCGAGGUCGUUUCUUUGCUGCUACAGCACGUGCAACAAUGGGGAGAUAUAGCCUUAGAUUUUCCUGCCAUCGUACUGCCUGAGUCAAUGCUCACUCAGUCCGACCAUGUUUUCACGAAUCUGACCAAGCUCACAUUGAACAACGCAUCGGUGGCCGCUGGUUUCAAUUCCCCAAAUCAGAGCCUGCAAUCCACUGGUUCCUGGCUUACACCUGAGCAAAGCUUUCCUGUGCUCAGACACUUGAAUCUCCCCUACAUGCCUCGCCCGGCCCUUGGACCAUUGGGGUUUCCCUGGAGUCAACUCUCCUCACUGCAAUGUUCCGGCUGGACGGCUGAUGACGGUGUUGUUGUUCUUCUCCCCUGCGUCUCUCUACAGAAGUUCACAUAUCGCUGGAGUAUCCCAGGCAGCUCUCCCAGGGCUAUGCCAGUUCACCGACUCCCGUUGCUGCGAUAUCUUCAACUCACAAAUCAAGCGCUUCUCGCAGUACUUUCCCUUCCUGCCUUGACACAUCUUCAUCUCCAGGGUGUCGUGCGCCAAGGUCCCGACCCGUUCGACGUAGUUCGGGAGCUUGUCUCGAGAUCUUCGUGUGGAGACACUUUGGAGUCAUUGACGCUGAAUGAAGAAGCGGCGGGAGGAAUACCAGAUACUCUAUACCAGCUGCUGCAGCAACUUCCUGCGCUGACGUACCUCUCCCUCAAUUUUGACCGCGGCCUUCCUCUUGGCCUCCCAACCAUGGUCCCCAUCCUCAGCGAUCCCGGAUGCCUUGCGCACCUCCGAACAUUUGUGUUUCGCGCGUGGAUGGAUGACGACCCUGACGCUCUUCCGUCCCUGCUCGAAGCCUUCAAAAAGCGUGUUCAGGUCACGAAUUCGGCCUUGGAAAAGGUUGCACUGACUGUGCAAGCCCGCCCGUCGGUUGUAACCCCACCAGCCUCGCCGCCUGACCACUAUCCUGCUGCCCAAAGUGCGGAAUAUCUGGCGCGUCACCUUCAGCUCGUCAGCCCGCUCAUUGUAGAGGAGUUUCGUACGCUUGCCCUCAAUGCAGGGUUGCGGCUCCGGCUCGUGGCUGCACGGCCAACCGAUGGGUUUCGCGACGGGAACGGGCAGUUUGUGAAUAGGGAGGAAGACAUGGAUAUUUUAGUUGACACGGGCAUGACGGGUGAGGCAUUAUAUCGCUGCGCAUGUACUUUUUGUCUUUCAGAUGUAGACGCAUAA